AUGUUUCUCAGUGAACAACUGCUGACAUCUACACACUAGAACUGCCUCACUGCUGUUUUCUAUCAAUCUUGGGCGACUAAGAGUCCUCGGGCCGCACACAACUCUUCCUGAAGUCGUGCACAGAGAGCGAAGCAGGAAGGUUUGAUUUGACUAAGUUGUUCAGCCAUGUUUGCUCUUGGCUUCUUCCUGUUGGCUGGACUGCUAUGUCAGAGUUUGGGUCAGUACGAAUAUGAUGAUGAAUACUACUUCCCCUCCGCACCAGUGGAGGGACUUUCUACUCCAACUUGCUCCCAGGAGUGUGAAUGCCCCCUGAGCUUCCCCACAGCGAUGUACUGCAACGAUCGCAACUUGAAGUUCAUCCCUAUUGUGCCAAGUGGCAUUAAAUACCUCUACCUACAAAACAACCAUAUUGAGGAGAUCAAGACUGGCGUGUUCGACAACGCUACCGACCUUCGCUGGCUCAUUCUCGACAACAACAACAUCACCAGCGACAAGAUUCAAGCCGGUACCAUUGAUAAACUGAGCAAACUGGAGAAGCUCCUCUUCAGUAAUAACAAGCUGACCAAAGCCCCUGGUCCUCUUUCAAAGUCUAUGGAUGAGUUGAAGUUGAUCGGUAACCAGCUGAGCUCAUUCCCUUCUAACACCUUGUCUGGGAUGGAAAACCUAACCACCCUCCACCUGUCCAAGAACAAGCUGACCACCGAGAGCAUCACAGGUGCCUUCAAAAACCUGAAGUCCCUCGUUCUGCUGGAUGUGAGUGAGAACAAGCUCAAGAAACUUCCCUCGGGAGUUCCACCUUCCCUUUUGAUGCUCUACGCUGACAAUAACGACAUAGACAGCAUUCCUAAUGGCUACCUGGCCAAGUUGCCGGCCCUGCAAUACCUGCGUGUCUCUCACAACAAGCUGGUGGACUCUGGAAUCCCUGCAGGUGUGUUCAACGUGUCUUCUCUUCUUGAGCUCGACCUGUCUUUCAACAAGCUGAAGAGCAUCCCAGAGAUCAACGAAUCACUUGAGCAUCUGUACCUGCAAGUCAACGAGAUAAACAAGUUUGACCUGACAAAUAUCUGCAAGUUCAGCUCCCCGGUCAACUACUCUAGACUGAAGACCCUGCGCUUGGAUGGAAACAACAUCACACACAGCAGUAUGCCAGAUGACACGGCUAACUGCCUACGCCAGGCCUCAGAGAUCAUCUUUGAAUAAAGUCACAUCUCGCCAGUAGUUUAUCAAACACAUAUAGGCUAUUGCUCUAAUUAGACACUCUAAUUGACAUCUGUAUUAAUCAUUCCGGCAAACACAUCUGUUUACACGUUGACGACAAUAUUUUCUCUCUAAAAUGUUGAUGAACACAUCUGUAUGAAAAAUGGGCAGAAGUAGUCUGGGAUCUUGAAAAUCUGGCACAUAAAAAAUCAGUCUUGUAUGGUACUGUAUGAAGAGUAGAAGUCGAAUUAGAGAAGAUAUUCCCAUCUAAAGAAAGACAUAUUUGUGCAAAUUGUGAAUAGCCCAGUGUGCACUCCAUAAGAAGUUGCACUAUAUGUCAUCUAACGGCAUCUCAAUAUUUCCGCAUGUUAAAUACCUUAAUCAUAAAAAAAUUGUAAUCAUGUUAUUAAUAAGCCUGCUGGUAAGGAAAUGAUAUUGUUUAGUGUACAAUUUAUGGAUAAUAGCUAUCUAGUUGUAUAUAAAAUUGCUAAAUGUGCAGCAAUUUUGAAGGAUAUCCAACUGAAACUGAAAUGCACACAAAACUAAAAAAAAUAUAUAUUGAGUCAAUUUGCUGAGGUUUAGCUAACUGCAAAGUAAAUCUAACGUUUUGUUUGUUUGUUUGUUUGUUUAUUAUUAUUUAACUGAGGAAUUUCAGUGCCAAAAUGUUGUAUUAAUAGCAAAUUAGUAUCGGCUUGAAUUUAAUUUCUGAACUCUGCCAACAUUUAUACCAUAUUUUAUCUGCAUGCAGUUCAACUUAUUUUGUAACAGCAAUUGUUUUCAAUUCUAUGGUAAACAACAUUUAAUUUUUUUGAUGUAUUCAAUACACCAUUUCACAUCAUCUCCAUGUUAGUCAAAUCAUUGAACCACAAGAUUACAGUAACUUUGGCAGACUGUUGUAAAAGUUGUAAUUUCCCUGAUUUGUUGUUGUUUUUUUAAAUAACAAAGCAGUUUUUUCGACUUUAUUUGAAUAAACCAGAUUUCUUACA